GGGAAGAGAGGGAGAGUCCAGGCCCAAAUAAAGCCAUGGGGGCCAGAUCUGGGCUGGGUCCCCUUUAGCUAUAAAUACGGUGGCCGCCUGCAGGUUCGGGUUUGGUGGUCGGGGCUUGGGACCAGCAUCCACCGCAGCAGCAGCCUUCCUACUCAGGCGAGUCUCCUCCUUUCACUCAUCAUCCUCAUCACUGUUCUGGACAUCCAAGAUGCCUCGAGUGGACGCUGACCUCAAGCUGGACUUCAAGGAUGUCCUGUUCCGACCCAAAAGGAGCAGCCUAAAGAGUCGCUCAGAGGUUGACCUCCAGAGGACGUUUACAUUCCGUAAUUCCAAGCAGACCUACACAGGGAUCCCCAUCAUCGUGGCCAACAUGGACACCACAGGAACAUUUGAGAUGGCAAAAGUCUUCAGUAAACACACUCUCUUCACAGCCAUUCAUAAGCACUACUCUGUUGAAGAAUGGAAAACCUUUGCUGAUAAUCACCCAGAAUGCUUAGAGCGCAUAGCUGCCAGCUCAGGGAGCGGAAACGCAGAUCUGGAGAAGUUGUGUGCCGUCCUAGAAGCCGUUCCUGCCCUCAAGUACAUCUGUCUGGAUGUGGCCAAUGGUUACUCAGAGUAUUUUGUUGAGUUUGUCAAGACAGUGAGAGAAAAGUUUCCCAAACAUACCAUCAUGGCUGGAAAUGUAGUGACUGGAGAGAUGGUGGAGGAGCUCAUCCUUUCUGGAGCCGAUAUAAUCAAAGUGGGCAUAGGGCCAGGCUCUGUGUGCACAACAAGGAUCAAGACAGGUGUGGGUUAUCCACAACUCAGCGCUGUUAUAGAGUGUGCAGACUCAGCACAUGGACUCAAAGGACACAUCAUCUCUGAUGGAGGUUGCAGUUGCCCUGGAGACGUUGCAAAGGCUUUUGGUGCCGGGGCGGACUUUGUGAUGAUGGGAGGGAUGCUGGCAGGCCACGACCAGUGCUCUGGGGAGCUCAUAGAGAAGAAUGGCAAGAAGUACAAACUCUUCUACGGCAUGAGCUCCGACACAGCCAUGAAGAAAUACGUGGGCGGCGUUGCGGAGUACAGGGCAUCUGAGGGGCGGACGGUGGAGGUUCCUUACAGAGGAGACGUAGAAAACACAAUCCGCGACAUUCUGGGGGGUCUUCGUUCCACCUGCACCUACGUGGGCGCGGCCAAACUCAAGGAACUGAGCCGCAGAACCACCUUCAUCCGCGUCACGCAACAGUCCAGCCAAAUGUUCACUUAGGAGAGAACACACAGCAACCCUGAAACCUUUACAAACACACGUUGGCUACAUCAUGAUGCUAUGUGCAUGUCUAUGCCGAGUCCACAUGUAAAGCAGAGGAACCCAAGACGUUCUGCUGUCCAAAAGCUACUUUAACAAAGAUUUCCACUACUUUUCACAGCAGAAAAUGUGAAUUUACAUACUUCCAGUCUCCAUGAUGGAUGGAGCCAAAACCUGCAGGAUAGAUGCAUCCCAGUUUGGAUACGAAGGGAUAAAAAGCCUAAUAACUUGAGUCUUGAUCAGAUCAAUCAGGGGGUAAAUCAGCACAUACGUGGAGAAUCCAGAUCCGUAAUUAUCGGUGCAGAACCUCUCGUCGUCUAAUCUUCUUGUGGUGAUUGCGUCUGUGUGCAUGUACUUUAUUUGGGCUGUUUUGAAUGCUACAUUGAUGAGAACCAAACACUUAGGAUUAAAAUCCUUUACACGUUCAGCAUAUUUGAGAUCCGGCUGCUUCCAGACACGUUGGAGUCGUCUUCACUGCUUCCACUGUGCCCGAUAUUUCAGAUCAAGCAUGUGCACAAUUUGUGCCUUCUUCUCCUGCAUUGAAGUGUCUAUGUUCAGUACAAAAAACCCUUUAACCUUUAACAUUUACUGCACUUUAAACCCAAGAGGUUCAUUGUUUGCUGCAAUGAAGGUAACAAUGAAAGAUGGAUGUAUGUCUUCUCUGUAUGGAAAAUAAAUUAUGAAUCCAUUUGC